AUAUUUACUACUUUAAACGUGCCAUAAUAUUCAUUUACUUUUAAGUUUACUGUAUAUUCUUUUCACUCAUAAAUAGUACUAAUUAUUAGUAAUUUAGUAUACAUUAUUGUUUUCAAACUUUUUGUUUUGGAUAGUGAAGACAGAAAAAUGAUAUCAAACUAAGUAGGACACUAGGGAGGCAUUUGACAACUACACACCUCAACUUUUGUGACAGUGGGAAACGUUGCUUGUAACUUAAUUGGGCACGCUAUUGUACUACAGAGCUUGCAGUCUUGCAGUACAAUGAGAUACACCUCUGGGAUCGCGGCUUUGAAGAGAAUCGAAACCAGGUUAAUCCCAUCUUUCCCACCCUUAUAGAAUUGUGGCAUAGUAAGUUUUCAAGCUUAUGAUAAAAGGGUUUUGGUUUUGAGACCAAACAAAGGCCCAUACGAGUUCUGGCCACUCCACACUGAAGAAGAGCUCAAAGAGAUAGCGUGGGAAGAAGAACGAGAGAGGCAGACACAAACAGCAAGAGACUCUUUCCGAUCUUUGAAUCACGGGCAUACUUAAGAAAGUCCACAGAACAGGUGAAGAAACAGCAUCAGAAGACAAACCUCUGUCACGGCAGUGGCAAAACGGGAGAGCCCCAGCACACUCGGAGGAGUCAAAACCAACGACAAGAAAAUCACCAUGGCAGCUAAUAAGGAUCUUUGAGGAGAGGCUCUACAGCAGCUUGAAACGCAGGGAGAACAGAGGAACCAGUGAACAAGAGAGGAGGCAGCGACGCUCUGGAGCUUCUCUUCCACACCUUGAGAAGCCGGAUCUGACACGGUACUCCGAACAACCAGAGAAACAAGAACCCAAAAUCCGAUCUGCUCAUGACCUCCUCGCCGACUCUUCAGGGAUGCCUAGCACACACUAAGAUUCCAGGUAGAUCCGCCAUAGCAGAAAUCCAGAGAGGCAGGAGCAAACGAAGAGAGGGGGGGACUGAAGCUUACGCAUAUGAGAAGGGUGGGAGAUUACGCUACUUGAAUUGAAGAGUAUAAUGGAUUCGAAGAUCCAUAGUAAUCUCUUGUUCUUUCUUGGCUCCGUUGAUAGGAUCCUGGAAUGCAUGCAACGCUUCAUGAGCAGAGAAGAGAUCGUUAAUCAUCUAUCGGUUCAAUUUCAAACCAACCCUAUUUGGACCAACACAGUUUUUGAUAACCUUGAGCAUCAGUAUCCAGAUCACUUCAAAGCUUACUACGAAUCUCUGUCUUUUGCCCAGCAAUCAUUCAACCCUAACUCACAAACUCAAAUCUUCCAGGGAGACACUGGUGCAUCCUCAUCAUAUCAGCUUCCUCCAGAAGCUGAUAUUUCUAACGCUGGUGAUGCAGUAAUCCCUCUGCAGCCGCCCCUUUAUCCCGUGGAUGCUGCUGCUCAAAACUUACCUGGUGCAUCAUCAUUUCCACUAGAAGCUGCUAUUUCUAACGCAAUCCCUCUGCAGCCGCCUCGUUAUCCCGCAGUGUAUGCUGCUGCUGCUCAAAACUUCCCUGGUGCAUCCUCAUCAUCACAAGUUCCACCAGAAGCUAGCAAUGCUGGUGAUGCAAUGAUCGAAAUUUUGAAGCAGAUGUUAAGCAGGUUGGACCAGAUGCUCACUAAGCAAGACCAGAGUCUCACUAAGCAAGACCAGAUGCUCACUAAGCAAGACCAGAUGCUCAAUUUACUGACUCGCAAGAGAGAGCGAACUGACCAGGACCAAGAUGAACAAGUUCCGGAUCCAAGAAGGCAGCGAACAUCAGAUUCUCCAACAUUAUAGUUUGUGAUUACAACAAUGAUUGCAUGAUGCUUAUUCUCUUAGCUAAGCAGUUUAAAAACAUUAUCUGUGUGUUUCUUGUUGUGGAUUUCUAGGUUUGCAUUGUUAGUCUCAUACCUGGGAAGAGAUACACAAUGUCACACGUUAAGAACAUGCAUUCAUUCAUUCUUUCUAGAUUUUUAGGUACUUUUUUUGUGGCAAAAAAAAAACACCUGUGCAUAGGUUUUGUGAAUGCGUAUUCAGCUUAAACCAAAAAAAAAGCUUAAGUAGGACUGUAGGAGAGUUACUGCAAGAGUCUUGUAUAAAGUUGCACAGCAAUACCAAGACAUUUAACAGCUUCUUGAUUUGUACAUACAGUAUACAGAUAGAGUUAGAGAACGGUAAUGCGGACAGCAAUUGCUACUACCGGCUUUGUCUUCUUUCUUAGCUGAUCAUUUCUUGCGUUUUCCUAUCGGAUCAUGGCUCCUUUACCUUGAGCUCUCAUUGAACAAUGACCUCAAAGACGCAGCUAAGUUAUCGCGUCUGUGCGCUUUAGAUUUAAAUAAAACAUAUAUGAAAUCAAGAACUAACCAAAAAACUAACAUCAAGAACAAUUGUAUACCGGAGAGAACAACAUCGUCCAUACUCACAACUUUCAACAAAAAAUAAGCAGAACUUUUAGACAAAGCUAUUCUGCAAACUAAAACAAUCAAAACAAGACUCGUUUAUUUUGGUUAAUUCGUCCUGCUUUGCUGAUUUAAUAUUUUUACAACAGUUUUAGCCAAAAGCAUACUACGCAACACAUGAUGCUCAAGAAAAUGUCACUCUCUACGACAGAUAUGUAAAGAAGGUUCCGUAACACAUAAAAAGCCUAAGAAGAAAACCCUUCUUCACAAUACAAACUCGAAUCAACUUGUACACCAGUUUUAGCCAAAACCAUACAUACUACAAACCCUUUUACUCACCACUGAGGUAAGUAAAGAAGGUUCAUUUUAUGUGCUUGGGUAAGGUAAGUAACUCAUAGAAAAAGAAAAAAAACCUAAGAAGAAAACACUUGCAAACACAAUCCAAAAAUUCAAUAUGCAUUCCCCUGAAGCUAUGAUUAGGAUUCAAAACGAAUAGUAGCAAUGACCCAUAAGAAGUAGGUCUGUCAGUUGGGUUGGACCACACCCAAAUGGGUAUGUUUAACUGGGUGUUUUUUUUUUCUGGGUUCAAAACACCCACACCCAUAUUUAGUUCACGCCCAACAACACCGAUAACCAAUAACACCCAUCACCCAACUGGACACCCAAGUCCACCCAUUUAUAAGCAAUUUAAGUAUUGAUCCAAAUCUGUUUUUUUUUUUGAACACAUGUCCAAAUCUGUUUAAAUUCAAUUUAAAUUCAUUUUAAAUAUUAAACAACAUUGAAAUAUGAUAGAAAUAUCCAAAAUUGAGUAGUAAAAUUUUGAAACUUUAAACAACAUUGAAAAUUUUGAAAAUCUGAAACAAUCUCAAUGACUUAAGUUUUUAACAACACUGUUUAUGAAUUCACUUCAUACAACUCAUCGUGUUUCUGAAUCCAAAACAAAACGAUAUUCUAAACGAUUCAUCAUCAUCAUCAGAGCUAGAGUAAACAAUGGAAACGAGAUUCAUCAUCAUCACAAAACCCACAACGGAGAUUCAUCAUAAUACAAAACGAGAUUCAUCACAAAACCCACAACAGAGAUUCAUCAUCAUCGUCAUAUAACCUGAGAU